AUGGGUGACCAAAUCCAAGCGAUGCAGGACAAGCUGAGCUGCACCUCGACCUCUGGAGGAGUUCGGAGAAGCACGGCACCGGUCGACCCGCAGCCGAUCGAUCUAUCCGACGAAGAGCUUGAUCCCGUCCCCACCGGCUCUCGCCAACACACUACCGACCAGCCGCGCUACUCUUCCUACGAGCCGCGCGAGAGGAAGAGACGCAAGCACGAGCACCAGACACCAGGACAGUCAGAGACACGUGCUGACGCCGACACGCCUGUUCCGGCGAUCUUCCUUUGUACCACGCCCGGCCACCCACGACGAUUAUCCAGCGAUGCCGUCGAGCACUGCUGCUGA